AUGGCUUCCAAAUUUCUUUACCAAUGCACUUGUUUCGCUUUGGUCUUCAUUAUGGGGGCUUUGGCUUCUCAAGCAACAUCUCGCUCUCUUCAAGAAACUUCAAUGUAUGAGAGACACGAGCAGUGGAUGGCUAAAUUUGGACGUGUCUACAAAGAUAGUGAUGAGAGAGACAAUCGCUUCAAAAUAUUCAAGGAAAAUGUAGAAACAAUAGAAUCAUUUAACAAAGCUGCGAAUAAGCCUUACAAGCUUGGUGUCAACCAAUUUGCAGACCUUACAAACGAAGAGUUCAAAGCACGGAACAAACUCAAAAGGCGUGUUUGCUCUACGGAGGCAAUUUCCUUCAUGUACGAAAAUGUGACUGCGUUACCAGCUACAAUGGACUGGAGAAAAAAAGGAGCUGUAACACCUAUCAAGGACCAAGGCCAAUGUGGAUCUUGUUGGGCAUUUUCGGCUGUGGCGGCUACAGAAGGAAUUACUAAACUUAAAACAG